AUGGCAUUGGUUGUUCCGAAGGAAGGGAUGGUUGUCCCUCCCAAGGACUCGGAGGAAAUAGCGUUGGAGAAGCUUGUGUUUGGAGACAUGGAGGGAUUUGAGACCAACUUGAAGAACUUGGAUAACUUAUAUGAGUAUUCGUCUGAGGAUGAGGAAGAAGACCGAAGUUUCGGUAGUGGAUCUGAGAGCGACGAGAAUGAGUUGGAACAUGUUCAAGACGAGGAUUUAUUUACAAUAGACGGCGGGGAAGCGAUGGACAUAGAUGAGGAGCCUGGUGCAGUGUCUGACGAUGAUGAGGAAGACUCUGACUCCGACUCUGACUCUGAUGAUGCAUGGAAUGAUAGUGAUGAUGAAGAGAUGAGCAUUUCGUUAACGUCAUCGGAUAAGCUCAAGAAAUUGAGGAAACUCGAGACGGAUAAGGUGAUUAGUGGUAGAGCAUAUGUCACCAGGUUAAGAAGCCAAUUUGAAAAGAUAUAUCCUAAACCGCAAUGGGCCGAGAAGUUAAUACAAGGAAUAGAUGAUGAUGAUAAUGAAGAUGAAGAUAAUGAUCAUGAAGAGGACGAAGAGGAUGAUAGUAAUGAAAGGCCCGAUACCAAUUCUAUAUUGAAUAUUUUGCAUUCGAGUGAAAAGUUCGUAAUAACCAAACAACUUAAGCUCAUUUCCCCUAAUAAGAUUUCUGUCACCAGAUUGAAGGAUGCCAACUAUCAGCGUGUUUCCAAAGGUGCGAUUCAGUCUCUUUCUUUCCAUCCUACACACCCUCUUUUGUUGACUGGAGGAUUCGAUAGAACCCUAAGAGUAUACCAUGUUGAUGGGAAGAUCAACCGGUUUAUAUCGUCGUUGCAUUUGCGGAACUCUCCCGUGACUACAUGUCAGUUUUCACCUUUGAAAGACGAGAACUUGGUGUAUGCUGCUGGUCGUAGACGGUACAUGAACAAAUGGAACUUGAAUACUGCCGAGGUUGAGAAGGUGUCGAGAAUGUAUGGCCAUGAACAAUUUCAAAGAUCGUUUGAGUAUUUCAAAGUGUCUCCUAAAGGUACCUACCUUGGGUUAACCGGGUCCAGUGGUUGGUGUAACUUGUUGAAUGGUGUUACGGGUCAAUGGAUACGAGGGUUUAAGAUAGAAGGAACAAUUAUAGAUUUCGACUUUAGCAGAGACGAGUCCUUCAUAGUCAUCAUCAACACAGCUGGAGAAGUAUGGGAAUAUGAACUUGGGUCAGCCUCAGCGUCGUCACCAUCAGCCUCCAAGAAGUCCAAGACUCACAAUAAAAUAUUACGCAGAUGGAAUGAUGAAGGUGGUGUGGGCAUUACUAAAGUUAAGCUUGGAGGUCCUAAGAACAGAUGGCUUGCUAUUGGUACCAACAAUGGGUUGGUUAACAUUUAUGAUCGUCAACAGUUACUGAAUGGCUCAAUUAAACCAAUUAAAACAGUGGAAAACUUGGUCACCUCGAUCUCUACUUUACAAUUCUCUUCUGAUGGACAAAUCUUAUGUAUAGCAUCAAGAGCAAAAAGAGAUGCCUUACGUUUGAUCCAUUUACCUUCAGGUACCGUCUAUAGUAAUUGGCCCACUAGUGGCACUCCAUUAGGAAGAGUUACAGCCGUGGGCUUUUCGCCAAAUAAUGAACUUUUGGCCAUUGGUAACGAAGCCGGGAAGGUAACCUUGUGGCGAUUGAACCACUACUAG